UGCGCACAAUAUUUACAUGGCAGGAAGUCUUAGCCACUUCAUAAAAAGGGUAACUCUGUCUCCUGCACUACAAAGUCUGCAAGAGGCACACAUUGUGGCAGUUGCAUUUCAAGUGUUUUCUUAAAUAGUUUUUUUUUCUUGGUUUGCUUUUUACAUUUGUUUUUUUUUUAAUGGCCAACAACUGCUCCCCGAAUGAAUACUUUGAUUUUUUGCUCCAAACCUGCAAACGCUGUUUUCUGCGCUGUUCCAAAGCGCCCCCUCCUGCCUGCCGCGCAUACUGCAGCAAACCAGAUCCAGAUAAAUCUGAAUUGGAGACCGCGGUUAACGAGCUUGGCCAGGGUGUGUGGAUCAUGAUCUGGGUUGCUGUGUUUUUAGUUGCCAUGGUUUUCUCCGUCACCCUCCUUCUUCGGGUGUUCCAGAAAAACAAAUCCAGGCAAGACUUUUACAAAAACACAGAAGCUGACAAGCAAAAGAGGGCUGCUGUCGGAAGUGAGGGGGACAGCCUUUUCAGGGUCACCAUGGAGACAGGACCCCCCGCGAGGAAGUUUGGGGCAGUGGAAGCUCCAGCCCUCGGUGAGGUCAUUGUAACACGUAAUGAAGCAAACCCCCACGAUGGUGACAUCACUGCCCCGUACCCGUCUUGCUUGCCGGUCCCAGCCACAGAAGAAGGAGCCACUAUCCUGGUGACCACGAAAACAGCCCAAUUCUGCAGCUGCGCCCUAGACAGCACUGGGGGCACAGUGCUGGGUGUGUGGGGGUCCAUCUUUACAGCCUGAGUGGGUAACGUGAAACUAUGGACUGUAAGACAAUCACGACAAAGGGCUGUUUGCAUCAAUUUUAGUGAGAGAAAAUAAAACUACUAACAAUAAACUAAGAAUGCGAGGAAUGACAUGUGGACCACGGUUAUGUGUUUAAAAUGAACAGUUUUAUUUUAAUUUCACCUUUGCUUGCUUUUUUAUUACCGGAACCUCUAUACAAUGUAUUUCUUAUACAGUAAUCCAGUCUUUGUGUAAGCAUCAGGGGAAAACAACACAUUUUGUUACUGUUAUUUGUACUUAUAAACUCAGAAACUUGUUGUGCUUAAAAUAAAAUAAAAAUUGCCAUUGUU